AUGAGGAAACAGCCCAGUGGUGCCAAUGAGAACCAAACCACCUGGCUGAUCCUAGUGGGCUUUGGGGAGCUGCAUUCCCUGGGCUUCCUCCCCUUCACCCUCUUUCUGGCCAUCUAUGUUUUGACAGUCAGCGGCAAUAUCCUCAUCAUGGUGGCCGUGGCCUCCAGCCGGAUACUGCACACACCCAUGUACUUCUUCCUCUGCCAUUUCUCCCUGCUGGAGAUCGCCUACACGUCCAACAUCAUGCCUUGGCUCUUAAGUAGUUUUCUGGAAGGGAGGGAAGUCAUCUCCCUGUUGAGCUGCCUGGUCCAGUUCUACAUGUUUGCCUCCCUGGCGGCCACUGAAUGCCUCCUGCUCUCUGCCAUGUCUUAUGACCGUUACUUGGCUAUCUGUCAUCCCCUUCACUACCCUGUCCUCAUGAGCACCUGGCUUUGUACCUGCCUGGCCAUGGGUGCUUGGUUUAGCGGCUUCCUCUUCUCUGCCUUCACUCUGGCCCUGGCAGCCCCUCUGUCGCUCUGUCCUGACAGCAGAGAGAUCGACCAUUACUUCUGUGACUUUGCUCCAGUUGUGGGGCUGUUCUGUGGGGAUGUGGAGGUCCUGUGGGGAGCUGGGGUCAGCAUCUCUGGCUUUCUGACGCUGGCUCCCUUCCUGUUGAUUGUCACUUCCUAUGGCUUCAUCCUGAGGGCUGUGCUGUGCAUACCUUCAGUCCAUGGGAAACAAAAAGCCUUCUCCACUUGCUCCUCCCACCUCAGUGUGGUUGGGGUGUUCUAUGGAACUCUCAUUGUGGUCUAUGUGGCUCCAACAGACCACAUGCUCCCCUUGCUCCGAAAGUCCUUCUCUGUCCUCUACACAGCUAUCACCCCCAUGGCCAACCCUAUCAUCUACAGCCUCAAGAACAGAGAAGUAAAGGCGGCUCUGCACAGACUUUGGGGGCAGCUCGUACUAGGACAUGGCCCACGGAAGGAGACCGCACAGUUUCUAGCUUUCGCCUCCAUCACAGUCUAG